AACUAAUAAACUACAAGCCUAUCAGCGACUCCGCGAGUCGCGAGUGCCGACUGCCGACUGAUGACUGAUGAGAACUGACUGCCGAUUGCCGAUUUUAGAGUUUCACAAAGUUCAUAGUUCAUUCUUCAUCCAUAAAUACAAUAUGUUUAUAUUUACCAUUUACUAAACGGUUCUGAACAUAUUAUACUUAUCUAUGGUUCUGAAGCUGUUAUUCAUUUAUGUCGUACCUACUUCAGUGUUUUGAUUUACUUAUUCAACAUAUUAAGCUAAAUAUCUGGGCUAUAUAGUAAUAAUUAUAUUUUCUAAUCGUGAAUUUUACAACUCUUACUUUUGAUCCGCCGACCUGUGAAUGGUCUCCAGUAUGGGUUACAGCAGAAAUCCAAUAUCGUCAUCUAGAGAUCGUAGACGUGGGCGGGAUAGACGAAGUAGGAGUCCGAUACGGCGACGCGGUGGUGGUGGUCGAGGAGGUAGAGGUGAUCCAGGCUCUAACUUACGUAAACCUCGGUGGGAAACAAAAAAGCUCGAACCAUUCAAAAAAGAUUUCUAUCUACCGCACGAAGCUGUCCAUAAUAGAUCAAAAUCAGAUAUAGAAAAAUACAGAGAAGAGAAAGAAAUAACAUUAGUUGGUGAAAAUAUUCCAAAACCAAUAUUUAAGUUUGAUGAAAGUGGCUUUCCUGAAAUCAUAAUCAAAGAAUUAAAGAAACAAGGUUUUGUUGAGCCUACUGCUAUCCAAGCACAAGGAUGGCCAAUAGCUUUGUCUGGUAAUAAUUUAGUCGGUAUUGCGUCUACUGGUUCUGGAAAAACAUUAUCGUAUAUUGUUCCUGCUUUAAUACAUAUUUCACAUCAACGAAAAUUGUCACGUGGUGAUGGACCUAUUGUAUUAGUAUUGUCUCCAACUCGAGAAUUAGCCCAACAAAUACAAACUGUUUGUGACGAUUUUGGUGAUGCAUUUGGAGUUAGUAGUACAUGCUUAUUUGGCGGUGCACCAAAAGGUGGUCAGGCAUCUGACUUGAGUCGUGGAGUUGAAUUAGUAAUUGCUACACCAGGCCGUUUAUUAGAUUUUCUUGAAAGUGAACGUACAAAUAUGUGUCGAUGCACAUACCUAGUUCUAGACGAAGCUGAUAGAAUGUUGGAUAUGGGGUUUGAACCACAAAUUCGAAAAAUCAUUGAUCAAAUAAGACCAGAUAGACAAGUAUUAAUGUGGUCAGCCACAUGGCCUAAAGAAGUAAAGAAUUUGGCUGAAGAAUUUUUAGAUGAAUAUAUUCAAAUAAAUAUUGGUUCCUUAACAUUAGCGGCUAACCAUAAUAUCCAACAAAUUGUUGAAGUCUGUCAGGAAUAUGAUAAAGAAUCAAAGUUAAUAUCGCUUUUAAAGAAAAUAAUGGAUGAAGAUGAAAAUAAAACUAUUGUUUUCAUAGAAACUAAACGGCGGGUGGAUGAAAUUACAAGAAAGAUUAAAAGACAUGGGUAUUCAGCUGUAUGUAUUCAUGGCGAUAAAUCACAAUAUGAGAGAGACAAUGUUUUGAAAGAUUUCAGAGAUAGUCGUUACCCUAUAUUGGUCGCUACAGAUGUUGCUGCUCGUGGUCUUGAGGCACACACAAGCUGUACAAUGCGUACUAAAUUUAAAAAAUACUAUAAAAAUGUAUCAAUGUUGUCGCAUUGUCGACGCUGUGCCUCGAAAAUGGACAUGCAUUAAUAAUUGCGUGUGGGUCUGUGUGUUCGUGGCGGCUCUGGCUACACAAGUAGUUUGAGUGGUCGCGCACCGGCGGCAACGUGGGGCUAGUCAUUCCACACUGCUGUCCCCCCAACUGCCGCCUCGACCUGUCUGUGUAUGUUGUGACGUGUCCAACGUCAAUCGUUGUCCCGUGUGGGGCGCUUAAACACGUACACCGGAUGUCGAUGGUAAAUAGCAAAUAAACAAAACGUUAACAAUGUUAUUUUGGAGAUUCAUUUUGGUAAAUGAAAAUGAUUAUGAAGUCUUGGGCCAAGCAGCAACAUUUAACAACUACAAGUGUUGAUAUUUAAUACUAUUUUUGAUUUUUCUUAAUUUAUUUUAAUUGUUGUUUAGAUGUGGAAGAUGUGAAGUUUGUAAUCAAUUUUGACUACCCAAAUAAUUCUGAAGACUAUGUACAUCGCAUUGGUCGUACCGGUCGAUCUCACAAGACGGGUACAGCUUACACAUUCUUUACACAGUCAAAUGCCAAACAAGCU